GGCCACAGACGAGGGCAGCGCUUCCCCUAUGUGGUGUCCUGGCUCUCGGGCCCGUGGGCUCUUGUAUGCACUGCUCUGUCUUUGUCUUGCGGCUGAGCCUCAUGGCGAGGCUCAAUUGGCGGGCAGGCCCGAUCGGCAACUGCAGGUCUCAGCAAACGCAACGAUCUCACAGGCCGAGCUGGAACGCAAGGAAGUCGAGCGGGAGGAGUUUUCGAGUGAAGGCGAGGGAGUCGCCUACACACUGCUUUCUGCCGUGACUUUCGUCGGUGUGACCCUUUAUGUUGUCAGCUGGCCAGAUGAUGGUGUUAGGUACUACGGCUGGAUUGUCAUUGGAACAGCAAUGUCGAUCCUGGCCUCUUUGUUGUUCUUUCACAAGACCGCGAGAAGUCUAGAAAGCCUUGUCUUCCCAAGUGAAGCAAGCGUGGGUUUCAGGUGUGCCUUCUACUAUGGGCUGUUUCUGGUGUUCUUCGUCGCCAUGCAGCUGGCAGUAGGCUUCUCUGCCGGUUUGUUAUGCGCCGACAUAGACCACGAGGAUGUGGAGUUUGAAGACUGGGUGAUUGACGAUCCAGUAACGGCUAGCCACAAGGACAUAGUCGAUCCCGCUUGCAUCGUCUACAAGCGAUGGGGCCGUGCUAUCGGAACAGACGAAGACAGACAUCCGAUUUUUCUGAGGCAUCGGAAUUUGACGCUGGAGAAGAUAGAGCUUCGCCUGAAGACCAUAGCAGCUUUCCUGUCGCACGUAACGGCGUUCGCAGCAAUCCGCGCAGGUGUCAUGUUGCAGCAUUUUCCUUUCUUCAGGCAGAAUGCUCUCUGUAGUCUGCUGUCAGUGCUCGUUCACGUUGCCUUUCUCUUCCUCAUCUUUCGUGUUCUCGAGAUGGUUCGCUGUGGCGGAAAGCCAGAAAAGUUGGUCGAUCUGUACUUCGACGAAGUGGAUGAUGUUGAAGUGGACGUGCUUUCGCUAUCAUGCUCUUAUAUGCUGGUCUUGUGCCUCGGGUAUGCGGUGACAGGUGAACCGAGUGAUUUUGAAGGCUUCCAGUUGCCUUCCACGGUGGACCUCAAGAAAGCAGUGAUUAUCUUCAUCUUAGGAGGUCUGCUCUUCGCAGCCUCCGUGGCUUUGGUUUUCUUCUGGCGCCCGCGCUACAGCGAGCAGUCCUGGCGGGCAAAGGUCCGUGAUAUGGUCUUGUGUACACUGGCGAUGGCCUUCGGCUGGUGCAUCAUUCAUGCUGUGCGCUGGACCAAUACUGACCUGAGCAAGAACCGUGUGAUCGGGUUCCUGCCGGGCUCCAUGAUUCUGCACGUGAUCACAGCUUUCGUCAUGUCCCUGCUCGGCUACAUUGUCGUUCUGUUCCUGGACAAGCUUGAAGACUUGUGUCUGACGCGUUUCGGAUCGCUUGGUCGAUCUUUCAAGAGUGCCGUCACAGCCACUGGGCUCAUCAUUGGCAUUUCCUGGGAGACAUGCUUCGACAAAGCAGUGUCGAUCGUCGCGCAUGGGCAGCGCGAGAAGCAAGUCGUGGAGCCUCUGCUGGUCGUGGUCCUUCUCCUUCUGUUGGUCCCUGCCUGGAAGAGGUUUGUCAUCACCAAGCAGCUGCAUUUCGAAUCCUUCAAGUUCGAGCGCAGGAGCCAGUCUUAUCUCAAGAAGGACAACGACACUCUGCUGCCACAGUAUGCAUUGCACCCACUUCUUCCAGGAGCUGCCCAGGCUGUUGCUGAUGCGCUCUUCCUACAGCCUGUGUUGGCAAGCUGCAUCCGUCCUGGUUUGGCACUUGGGAGCCUUGCUGGCAAGUUUCCCCGAAGCUGGCUGUUUGCCUGCCACGUUACGCUGCCUUCAUCGUGGCUUGCCUACACGCCGCACGUUUUCAUGAACGAAAAGGCGCAAGCGGCGCUGGGGGAUAAGUUGCACGACCAAGUGCCGCAGCUCGCAGUGAGCUUCGGGAUUGCGAUGGCAUCGCCUACCCCACUGCUUCUGGCGGCUGCCGGCGGCUUCCUUUGGGCAUUUGGAAUUUUGGGCAAGCGCUUGGGUGUCGAAGGAGCCAGCAAUGCCACCAAAGCAGUACGCGCAGCAAUUACAAUCUUUGUCUACACACUGACCACGGUGGUGUCUCCGUCUGUGGAUUUGUUUAGGAUGGGCAGCGAGGGCUGGUCGAGGACUUGGAGCAAUCCGGACUGGAACCAUCGCCUGCCCUGGAUCUUCGGUUGUGGCCUCAUCAGUGGCGCGGGCGGGUUGCUAGGAACUGUGGCUUUCGCCUGGUCUGCUGGAUCCUCCAGUGCUCUCAUCUCGAUGAUAGAGAACGGGACCUAUACUAUGUCCAGUGCUCUGAUAAUCGCCCUUUACUUCCGGGAGCACCUCAAACCCCAGACCUACAUCGGCUUUGUCUUCAUCCUAGCAGGCGUUGUGCUCGCCCAGAGGUCCUCUCGGCAGAGAGAGCCGGUCCCGCUCUGUGAUGACACGGAGGAGUCAGAGUCCGAUCCAGAGAUGAUGGAGAAGAAGGUGGAUGGUGGCAUGGAAAGUGAGGAUGACAACUCCACUGUGGCCCCAUCUUCCCUUCGCAUGAGGGCAGUCUUUUUGUCGGUUGCAGCAGGCACCUGCUGGGGCUUCGGGCCACUCGGGAAGAAGAUUGGAGUGCAUGGAAGCAGCGAUGCUGAACAGCAUGAAUGGACGACAUGUACUUACUUUGUUUACAUGGUGGCGACCACCGUUGUUCCCCUUGGUCGUGUUCUAGCCAGCGACAGUGGUAGCCGGCGGAUGGUCCUUCGGGACAGAAGGUUCCGUUACCUGUUGCUCGGCACCAUGUUCUGUGGACUCAUCUCAGGCUGCGGAGGCCUGAUAAGUACCUUUGCCUUUUCUCUAGAAGGUUACUUCUCAGGGGCUCUUAUCGCCACUGUGGAGAAUGGCGUCUACACCGUCUUUGGGGCUUUGUUGAUCGCGGUGUUGUUCGAGGAGGAGCUGGGCACGCAGCAGCUUCUCAGUGCCUGUUCGGUCGUACUGGCUAUCCUCAUUUUCGGCAUGGACUUCGGGUUUUACCUUUGCUGCGCACUGCGCCUGAGAGAGAAGCAGGUCGAAGAAGCCGGACAGGACUCGGAGAAGUUGUUGGCCUUGGCAAGUGAGGUUGCACAGCAAGACGUCGAGCCCUUCUUCCAGGAGUGCCGCGAUUUCGUGUCUAGCUACAAUGAGGCUUUGCACAGGCGAUUGGACGACACAACGGUCUGGCGAGAGGUUGAAGACGGACUGUUUUGGCAUCAUAGCUUCGAAGUUGUAGCGGACGAGGCUUAUGCGGCUCUUCGCCGAGAAGCAUUGCCCGCUGAGGCAGACUGGCCAGAAAGAGGGGAUUCGACCUCCAUUGCAGCUGUGUCUCUGUCUCAGGAUGCUGGUAGCGCUUCUGUACUUCUCGAGGAUCACACGAACACUAUGCACAUCCUGUAA